UACAAAUGAAAAAGGGAAACGUGAAAAUCGAAAGAACGAGGAAAGCGAAGAUCGGGAUCAGCACGCUCAGUCCUAUUUCUGCUCGCCGGAACUCUUCCUAUCGCCGCCACUACUGCCGGUCAUUCUUCACCACGUACUGAGAGAAAGAAAAGAGGAAGGAAGGAAGGAGAGCUAGACGACGGCCUAAGAACAGGGACACAAGAGAGAAGCAGCUGGUUGCGGAGACAUAAGAGGAAGGGAGAAAGAGAGAGAGAGAGAGACAGCCGCGCCGGAGAGAGGUUUUCCAGGCAACAGGUGCUGCUCUUCCAGCUAUAAAUCCCUCAUCCUUAGGUUGUUGAUUCUGUUGCUAGCUUGGUUAUACACUGAAUGGUGUCCCAGCUCAAUGUGAAUGUGACCGACAUUGAUGGUCUUUUCAUGGUUUCAGUUGUACUCUGUGGUGGCUGUCUGGUUGAAAAGCCUGGUCUUGUUGUUUCUACAGGACACUGCUGAGGAAAAUCUGACUUGAUGAUGGUUUGGUGAUAGAUAUACCCCUGGAGAAAAUGAAUGGCCAAAGUGGUUAUGUACCACCGACCUAUAUUCCACUGGGACAAUCAGAUUCUGAACCAGAGCACGUUUCACCAGCCAAGGAAGAAAGUCGUGCUCCUCGUUCUCAAUUCGUGGGUGAUGGACCGGCACAGUGGUCAUCUGGAAUCUGUGCCUGCUGUGAUGAUACGCCGAGCUGUUUGAUUGGCUGUUUAUGCCCAUGCUACUUGUUUGCCAAGAACGCAGAAUUCUUGGGAUCCGGAACACUGGUCGGAUCAUGUGUGACCCACUUCAUUCUCUGGUCGCUCGUCAACGCCAUUUGUUGCUGCAUGACAGACGGCAUCUUAUUGGGAAUCCCUGGAUGUUUCGUUGCUUGUUACACUUGUUCCUAUCGCAGAACUCUCCGUGAGAAGUACAAACUCGAGGAAGCCCCCUGCAAUGAUUUCAUCACCCACUUCUUCUGCCAUUUGUGUGCUAACUGCCAAGAGUACCGAGAGAUUCGAGAAAGGUCCGGCAACUCUAACCCACAUGACCUCGGUGGAGCUGCAGUAGCUGUCUCUGCUCCACCUGCGCAGGUAAUGGAUGCAGGUCUGACGGAGUAGCUUUGGUUGUUGUUGCUGUUAUAGUUAUUGUAUAGAGAAGCUCCCAUGCUGUGCAGGUGACUACUUCCUUUUGCUCUCGUGUAUCACAAAGAAAAACUCUUGUUGUUGUUGUAUGUUUGUCUCCUGGAAAAAGGUCUUAUUUGAAUGAAUGUUGGCAUGUUGCCAUAUAGUAGUAGUCUCUCGCUCGCUCCGGUGGUUAGCUCUUGUGACUUGGAGGUUUGGCUAGUUAAUUUAAUGGAGCUUUAAUAGUUAAUCUACUGCAAAAUGAAGACGCUAUCCUCAGUGCAAAGGAUGGUCUGCAAAUGGGAAGAAGAUAUACGAAGAGCAUGCUGUUGGAAUUGGACAAUGGCUGUGGUGUGUAUUGACUACUGAGCCAGGUUAUAGUUGUCUUUGUACUGUAUAUUUUAGAAGAGCACAGGCGACUUGAGAUUCUGUGGAUGCAUGAAAUUUGAGAUAUUUGGUCUAUUUCUCAGUGGGAUGGCAUCUUUGUUUGAA